GACCAAGAUUCCAUUUACUCUCGUGCCUCACUCCACUUCCUCUAUGCCUGACAAACCUGACGUGGCUGAGAUCAAGAAAUUCAGUAAGUUGGAAUUGAAGAAUACAGAAACGCAAGAGAAAAAUCUGCUGCCUUCCAAACAAACGACAGAAUAGAAACAAGCAGGGAAAUUGCCAUGAGGCAUGCACGC